GUUUUAAGUUAAAUGGCACUAUUAGGAGUAGUGAAAUACUACUACUACUAAGAAAAAGUUUCCUGCUUGCUUACAAAGAGAUUGUAUAUCAUGCUCAACCUACUAAAGGCUCCCCUAGGCCCUAAGGCCCUAAACAACAAGGGCAGUUUACCCUCGACAGAGGACCGGAGGCAAUGGAAAUUUUAGAUCCAGCGAAUGAUUUGGUUCCACCUUCAUCGCCUACAAUCUCCUCCAUUUCUUCCUCCGAUCUCGACUCCCAGUCGACGGGUUCGUUCUUCCAUGACAGGAGCACGACCUUGGGGACUCUAAUGGGCGUCAGCUUCCCGGCGACGGGUUUCAGGCCGCCGUCUCAACGCGAGACCCUCGCGAUCCCCUCCGGAACAGGCAAUGCUGCAGGCGGCGGAGUGGGGACGAGCGACGCGAAGGAGCAGAUCAGGAAGACGGCCUCGUCGAAGGUGAAGGAGCGGCGGCGGAGGCGGUGGUGGAGGCUGUGCAGAGACGACACGGGGAGGUCGGCGUCGCUGGGCCAGUUCCUGGAGGUGGAGCGGGCUUUCGGCGACGGGGGAUUCUACGACGCGGGAGCGGAGCCUGAAGUCGCUGUGCAGCCUGAGGGGAACGGGCGCCUCCUCUUUGCCGAUGGGAGGGUUCUGCCGCCGGCUUCGGUUGAUGGAGGUCAGUCCACGCCCGGGGCUUUUUGUAGAUUUCCGGUUUCGCUCACCGGGGUUUGCUGUUGUGGGGUAGGUUAGAAUUGAAGAGGCGUGUUUAUUUUUCAUUUUAAUUUUAUUUUAUUAUUCGCCGGAUUGCAUUAUUGGGAUUUUCUUUGUAAGUUGUUUUGACUUCUCUUUGGUGGUGAUCGAUUGUGAAGUUUAAAUAUUUAUUCCAGCUUAAGGACAAAAGAAGCUCAUGGAUUUUCUUUUGCAAAUGCUGGCCUUCUUUGAUGAUUUAAAACUUUAAUGAAAUUAACAGCUAUGAGAUUUUAAA